AUUUCCCAAAGCUCUCACUCUCAGCAUUCCUUAGAAAUUUCCGUCAACUCUAGCCCUUCAUCACCGCUAUGCGUCCCUUCGCUCUCUCUGCUGCCGUGUUUGCGGCCACCGUCCUUAGUCAAAAGAAGGGGGAGAAAACGGAAUGCGCGGAUGGAUUGUACAUGAUCGCUGUCCGGGGCACUGGUGAGGACAAGGGAUCUGGAAGAAUCGGCGAGAUCGCGGAAGAUGUUAGCAAACGCGUCAAUGGCUCAAUCGUCAGCCCUCUUGACUAUCCCGCGACUCUUGAAGACCCAGACUACUUUGAUUCCGAGGGAGCCGGCGUCGAGGCCCUGUCUGAAGCCCUCAACGACUAUCACAGCUCAUGCCCCAACGGUAAAAUUGCCGUAUUUGGCUACUCUCAGGGUGGACAAGUUGCAACCGAUGUAUUCUGCGGGGGGAGCGACAACAAGCCCUUGACCAUGAGUCUCGUCAAAGACAGCGCAGUCGUUGCGAUCAUCGCGUUCGGCGAUCCAAGCCACGUGGCAAACCUGACGUACGACAAGGGCACUAGCAAAAAGGACGGAAUCUUUGAACGUCCCAGUAACGAGACCAAGCUGUGCGAGGACAACUACAGCGACAUCUUCCGCUCCUACUGUGACACGGGCGAUGUGUACUGUGACACGGGUAACAACACCGAGACCCAUGGCGGCUACUUUGAGAAGUAUGGUAAAGAGGUGGUCGACUUUGUCGUUGAGCGGUACGAGAAGGCCUUGAAGGAGGACAGUACGUCAACGCAAACCAGCACGGCUACUGCUACUACAGAGACAAGUGGUUCCGCAACAGCUAGUGAUGCUUCUACCACAGCUAGUGAUGCACCAUCGGCCACUACAGCUGCUCCGGGUAAUGCUGCGGCGGGAUUGGUACCUGGUCUUGUCUUGGCUAUGAUACCCCUGGCUUUGGCCGUAUCCGACUUCCUUGGAUAG